GGUGUGUCAGGGAGGGCGACAGACGGCUUUGACUUUGGGCGCUAAGUCACGUUUCGACCGGAGAGGAAGGAUGCAGCGGGCAGAGGAGAAACACUGAGCGGGAGGAGAGACUGGGAGAGAGCAGGUGGUGCUGCCAAACCCGGAGUAGACUAUGCUUAUUUGCCGCAGGCCCCGCCAUCGUGAAAUUGGAUACCGACUUGCGGCGGAUGGGGUGACCGAGCUCGCUGCUCCGCCGGGGAGGUCCCUGCCUUCGGACGUUACCGGGGAGGGAGCUGCCUGUGCCCGGUUCUAAGGAAGGAAGGAGUGGCAAGAGGGAAAAUGCAGACGGAGGAGGAGACGGCCACCGCUGAAGAGCCCAUUUUGGAGGACGGGUCAGGACGAGAGCAGCAGCGUCCGGUGCAGCAGUCCUUUGGUUCCUCCCUGUGCCGGGAGUCUCACUGGAAGUGCCUCCUCCUGACCCUCCUCAUGUACGGCUGCUUCGCCACGCUGGCCUGGUGCGCUCUGUGUCGCGUCCCCGUCCUCGGCUCCUCCUCCGGUCCUCUGGGUUCUGAUGACGACGCCACCUCGGCCGCCUAUUACAACGACAUCCUGCACCUGGAAAGCCCGUGCUCCAGCGGCUACGUCUACAUCCCGCUGGCAUUCCUGGCGAUGCUCUACGUGGUUUACCUGGUGGAGUGCUGGCACUGCUUCUCCAAGACGGCAAUGUUGGCUAAUGCCGAAUUCCAGGAGGUGUACGAGCGUGUGCAGAGGCUCCAGCAGGCCACACCCUGCAUCUGGUGGAAGGCCAUCAGCUAUCACUACGUCAGGAGGACCCGACAGGUGACCAGGUACCGCAACGGAGACGCUUAUACCACCACACAGGUGUACCAUGAGCGGGUGAACACUCACGCCUCCAGCUCAGAGUUUGACUACGGCCGCUACGGAGUCAAAGACGUGUCAAAGGAGCUGCUGGACCUGCAGCUGCACCCUGCGGUCCGCCUCCGCUUCACCAAGUGUUUCAGCUUCUCCAGUGCACGUGCUGAAGCUGCCUACCUCACCCAGCGAGCUCGCUUCUUCGGGGAGAACGAGGGACUCGACGACUACAUGGAGGCCAGGGAGGGGAUGCACCUGAAGAACGUGGAUUUCCGUGAGCACAUCCUGGCGUUCCCUGACCCGACCCGGCAGCCCUGGUUCUCCCGGCACAAAGUCUUCUGGCUGGCCUCUGCUUUCCUGAUGUCCUGGCCGCUGCGCGUGGUGUCAGAAUAUCGCACGGCGUACGUCCACUACCACGUGGAGAAGCUGUUUGGUGAGGACGAGGAUGGUGGCGGAGGAGGUGGGGGUGUAGGAGGGCCAGGUGGGGGAGGAAGAGGGGAUGGGGUUGAAGGAGGGACUGAGAAUGGACUCCAUCCUGGAAUCAACGGGACGAGUUACAGAGCCAUCUCUCGGGUCAACACGGUGGACAUGACGGAGCUGGAGUGGCACAUCCGCUGUAACCAACAGAUGGUGCCGAGCUACUCUGAAGCCCUGCUGAUGGACUUGGAAAUGAGCGGGGGGACAAACCCCACCGCCUCUACGCCCAUCUCUGGGGCCGCAAGCUCCACCCCGAGCACGGGGCUCAACCCGCCUCCUCUCGCUCUGCCCGUUGUCUUCAACUCGGCCUACCUCCUCCAGAGCUGCCCCCGCUGCCGGAGGACCACGUCCAGCUCCAGCCUGCCCUCCAGGCUGCGGGCCCCCAUGGGAAACACAGCGCUCCUGAACACUACCGUGGCAGGCAUCAGGGCAGCGGGGCAGGGGGGUGGAGGAGGUAUCGGGGGACGGUUGGUGCUCAGUCGGAGCGGAUUCUCUCUGGGGAGACUGGCAACAGGCCGCCCGAACAGCCUGUUUCAUUCAAGAAGCAUGGGAGGAGGGCUGGGAGGGAGCAGAGAGGAUGGAGCAGGGAGUGGAGGAGGAGGAGGGGGAGGAAGCAGUGGGGGAGGAGGAGGAUUCCUUGGUUUGGGUUCAAGGCAGGACAACGAGGAGACCAGAGGAGUGCUGGAAGGAGAAGGGGAUGAAGAGGAGGAGGAAGAGCAGCAGCAGGGGGAGGAAGCAGCAGCAGCAGUGGUAGUGAUGAGACGGGAUCAGGGAAGAGGAGGCAGAGAGAGAGAUGAAGACGCAGAGCCAGACAGUGCAGGCGAGGGGAGGGAGAGCGAAGGGGGAGGGAGGGAGCGUCCUCCGUCCUAUCAGGACGCGUUCUUCUUUCCCGUCCUCAUCAUACAUGGAGAGGAGAGCUGCCACGGUGGAGACGACAUGUGACGAUAAAAAACAAAACAGAUUUCACGUCUGGGCAGAGGCCGAGGGAGAUGAAAGAACGCGCUGAACACAAAGAAAAGAGUGAAGGCAAUAAGAUACUGUAGGAUGGAAUGAAUGAAAUGAGAACAGAAUGAGGUUGAAAGAACUACAGGAAAAAGAAAUGAUUGAGUAAGAACAAAGCAUUACAGAGGUAAGAGCAGCUGUGUGAAACAGAAUAACCAAUGAAACAAGGGGAGAUGGGAAGAUGUAUGGUGCAUACAGUAAAAGACCGGAAACGCACUAGUUCAGAUGAGAUGAUAGCUGACAGCAAAAUCAUACAAAGUCUGAUGCUGUGUUCACACCUAAUGUGUAGCAAUGUUCUCAGGUGAAAAGCCUGUAAGUGUUAAGAUUCUAAUAAACAUCUUAAAUGAUGGUGAGGUAAUACCAUUUCAACUUUUAACAGUAUGUGAAAAUCCAUGUGUACAGACAUAUGUAUGCCUUAGUGAUGAUGGAACAGCUAAAGUGUUAGCAUUGCCCUCGUCAUCAAUCCAAACUCCAUUCAAGCAAAAAAGCAUUUAAAAAGUUGUUUGCUUGUCCUUUUGCGUACAGACCUAACAAAGGAUGAACUUUUCUUAUAUUAAUGUUGUGAGUGAUUCACGUGUUCAAAUUCACGUGACAUACACGAUGUUAAAUUCAUCUACGUAUAUGGUGUGAACACAGCAUCAGAAUAUGAGUGAAGCCAAAUACUUGAAAACUGUAGACUUUACACUAAGAUAUUGAGAACGAGAGGAAUAACAGAAAGACUGAAAACAUGGGAAUGUAUAUUUCCAGAUGUAUCUAUGCAAGAACAGGAGUGAGAGGAGUAACGGAGUGGGUCAUCUUUGAGGUAGACUCAUUUAGAAGAUGAAAUACAGAAAGAACUUCUAAAUAUGUCAGAGGACAUAACAAAGGGUUUACUAAUGCAAUGUGAGGAAGUAGGAGAGAAACAAUUAUGUAAGGUAAUAGAAAAUGGCAAGGGAGGAGAGUAUAACAUUCUAACAACAAUAGGCGGAGAGGAAUAGUCAAAUACAAACGGACCAUGUCAGACCAGAUUAAUCCAAUCAUUAAUUUAAAGAUCACCUCAAGAGGAGGAGAGAAACACAAAAAGAAGGAGCAGCAGCAACCCUGAUCUGGAAUCUAAUCAGGAAAUCAAAUAGUAUUCAAAUAGUCCCCCCCAAAAAAAGACACAGACGACAAAUCAGGCUUUACAGAUUCACUUUACAACAUCACACGGCAUCUGUCGAGCAACUGUAACAUUAUAAUAAGAUUGGAGAAAUAUUGAUUUCCUCCCUCCUCUUCAUGCCUUCUCGCUCCUCACCUCACCAUUAGCUUCCGCACCACUCUCUAUCCAUUACCGAUAUGGAGCCGAUAGAAAAAACUCCAUACGAAGAGGAGAGAUGGCUUCCUCUCCCAUCUUCUGUCCUCCCUCCAUUUUCUCUGCUCUUCUCCUUCCUCACCUCCAAACAUGCCAAAAGAUAGUGCAUAGGUGACAUUGGGAGCAACACAUCUAUUGCUUUUUUGAAACACAAAUCAUUAGGGGCAACAUCUCUUCUCGAAAUUAGCACAUUGUGUUUUAAUUAAGGUGAAAGGGUGUUGUACCGUAGUUGAUUCACUACAUCCUUCUCCCUCCUCUACUUCUCUGCCAUCACCACUCCUCCUUCUGUAAAGUGCUGCACCUCUCUCUGCUCCUCAGAUCAGAUUUCCUCUUCGCUCACUCCACAAAUCACGCCUCCUCUCGGCGAGGAUUCCUCCUCCACCAUCAGAUUUUAUUAAGCAGAUAUAUCACACUUUAUAUAAAGUUUUUAAAAACCUCUCCCCAUGUCUGAAUAUUAUCGAAGAGACAGAAUAAACAAAAAUGUUAAGAUACUGACAGGUUGCUAACACAGGGUGGGAUUUUCCACCAGUUAAGCCUGUAUAGUUGUGCUCUAGUUUUAAACAGUUGUAGCCAAAGAUAGGCUUGCGUAAAAUGAGAAAAAAAUGACAAUAACCUUCCUAAAAAACAAGGUACUAUAUAACACAAUACUGUAUGUGUUUACGCAUGAUAAAUCACCUCUUAAUCUCAUUUAUGUCAUUUUGGACCGCAUGGGAAGUCAAACAUGAGCUCAGCUGGUAUACUCCUAAAAUAAAAAACAGACAAGGAUCAUUCAGAGGUUGAAUCGCUUUGUGCAGACGUUAACAUUGUUGAUAACAAUAGUGGAAUAAAUCCAACAAACAAAUCAUUAAAGCCCAGCCCUUUGAUAGAGUAAAGGGCCGUCCACACCGAGAAACAUGACUAUACAACUAUAAACACUGUGAGCAUCCACACAUCCAAAAAUAACAUGUUUGGAGCCCCACAAGGGAUACUGUUGCAUAGAGAGCGAAAAGGACACAAAUAAUAAUAUUAGACAAGUUUAAAAAAUAGCUAGUGAUUUGCAUCUGUCAACACUGUGGAAGUGAAGAGAGGGACAUAGAUUCUGUAAUAAGAACCUUGAAUUACGGAUAAAAAUAAGUCCUAAAAUAGAUUUUUACUAAUCCCCCUCCUGUGUGUGACAAACACACUUCAUUUACGGAUGGAUUUGAACUGGCUGUUAGUGUUUAAUCCUUCAUCAAAUCGCUCUUAAAGUGAUCCAAAAUAUAUUUUUUGCCACUUUCAUCAUAGUUUUAUAUUUACAGUUGUCUUUAUGGUUAUCCUUCUCGGUGUAGACGGCCCUUUACUCAUGCCACAUUGUGCCAUGCUGCUUCCUCCUCCUCUUGAAGAAUCACCUUCAAAUAAGUAACAGUGCUCUCACUAUAAAAUGUUUAAAAGUUAGCCGGCAUAGAGAUGCAUGUAACUUAAUAACAGCUAUCGUGCAGUAGCUAACUAACGGCUAUGUAGCAAAUCUUUCUGCCAUUGCAAAAAGCAGUGAACAAAAAAGUGAAAUGUAGAUAUUUCAGACUCGUGUAGAUAAAGAAUCCAUAGGGUUUAGCUCUGUCUUCAGGCAGGGAGAGACAAUUGGCACAGACAACACCACCAUCAGUGCAGAUAUUUUACAAAGCACACUAAACCUGCUGCAAUAGCAAGAAGCAUUUCAACUUGUUAGCUGGACAUUUCGUACCAUUCCCUGAGGUUCCCGCAGCCACUCUGUGAUGAUGGAAGGUCUCCCUCGUUCUCUUACUGCUUCCGUCAGAGACGAAAAAGCACACUUAAAGAAUGAAAGUUGGAGAAAAAUAUCCUACAUGAGGAGUUUCCUGAAAAAGAGCAAUGCUUCAGACGCUUCGUAAAUAUGGAUCCUUGCACCCAACCUGGAUUCAGCAGAGACAGCAGGAAACGUUCUUUCAAUAAAGUAGAGCACGGCCUGGUUUGCUGUACGGGACACACACUCUGACACACAUUCACACACAUUCUGGAUCUUCCGUAACUUUCGGGGACAUCAAUCUGGAGUGGGCACAAAGAGACAAAUGGACAGAAUAAUUACUGGAAGAAAACGGACAGCAACCAGGAUGUUUCUUUGUGUCUGGACAACUGGAAAAUGACUUGCUUAAGCAGCCGUUAAAAAGAAGAAAAUGUGAGAUUAAAAGACAAUUAUUUUUACAGCUAUAUAUUAUUAUCUCAGUCUCUUGACUUGUGGAUAAAAACAUCUCCAUAAAUGUCCCUGAACAAAAAGAAGCACUAAAAAGCAUUGAACCACACUUCUGUUAAUUUGAUAGAGUUGCUUCCACACAUAUUCAUUCACUCUGUUUAUGCGUGUGUGUUUCAGUUCUUAUAGCCACUUAAAUUGGAAAUCACAUGUAGUGAGCUUCAAUUUAAACAUCCUAACUAUCCUAAUACUUUGCCACUAAAACUGACGAACAGAAAAAUACAAUUCAGUCUGUAAUGUGCUGCUUUUAUAUCAUCUGCAUACUUGAUUAGACAUUAUUUCAGGUUAUUAAGUGAUGUCUUAAAUCCAAAUGCCUUUGUAAGCUUCAGAUUUUUUUAUUUCUUAGCUGUUUUUUUAUUUAUUUGUUUAAUUUUUGUAAAACAGACAAUGCACUUCCCAUAGCCUUUGAUUACUGAGCCUCCAAUAUGCGUUGGGUGCUUGGAGUUUUGUUAUUUAAUCAUUUUUGUGUGUUUCACUCAUAUGUGUUGCGACUGGAUAUUUAUACUGCUUUAUUAUCAGUGUGUGUCAAAAGUGUGUCCUCAGUCGCUUCAGGUGUGCCAAGAGCUUUGUGCCCAUGAUGUCUUACACACACUCAUGCGCGCUUGCAUGUUUAGCCACAGCCAUAAAGCAGCCAUUAUAACAGCUUAUUUUAGACUAGAGUAACAUCAACCCAUAACAGCCACACACAUGCAAAGUCUUAACACACACACACACACACACACACACACACUGAAAGCAUGGAGCUGUCCUGCUUUGUUGCCUUUGUGUCCGACGUUGCCAACUUUUCGCUCAGGAUUUCAGUUUAUGCUGCAUUCCUGUGUCAACACAAGCUGUCUUUCUCACACAUCCAUCAUGCCAAAGCAAAAGCAAAACACACAAUUAGAACAGAUAAUGCCUAGGCUUACACACAUGAACAUAGACGAGCAGAUGGUACAGGUGGAGAUGAUUCAACAUUUACACAAAGCGACAAAAGGCUGGUUUUACUCGGGAGAGAAACUGAAAAAAGCUCUUGAGUAAAUCCUCCCAGAAUGUGUCUGAUACGUUGUGUUGUGUUUCUGUCCACUAGGUGGCAGCAAAGCCUUAUAAAGUGUUGCAAUGCAGAGAUGUAUUGUAUUCAGAGGGUAAACAACAGUGAAUCUAACAGGGUAGAAAACAGCUGAUGUCCUGCUCUCUGCGCGCACACACACACACACACACACACAGUGAUGUUUUAGUGAAGCAACUACUAUGACAUCACUGAGCAGAGGUGCUGGCUAAAAGGUUAAAGGGACAGUUUACUCCCCAAAAGAAUUUCCUCUCACCUGUAGUGGUGCUUUUAAAACUAGUUUUCUUUGAUUAGCGUUGCAGAGUGUUUGAAAUAUCGCCUGUAAAGAUUUACAAUUUAAUGGGACUAGAAGAAUAAAUCUGAAAAAUACAACACUAAUGUGUCUUCCAAGAAUUGUGACCCUGUUACUUAUGUUAAUCCAAAGCUUGAGGUGAGUAGGAACUUUUCAAAUGUUCUGGGGUGAACUGUCCCUUUAAACCUGCAGAGAGCAGUGCAGCUGUAUGUGAUUGUGCAUUUAUAUUCACUGAUCUUAUUUUCCUUUAACUGUCACUGAAUGUGUUGCAAAGCAAUAUCGCCCAUAUCCCCGCUUUGUGGCUGGACGUGUUGAUGUUGCUAAGCAGCUUUCUGAAAUUAUAACCACGAGCAAUGGGAGCUUCAGUCAUAAAAAUGACAACACUGUUAGAAAAAGGCAAUUUGCAUAUCAACCUCCAAGCUCAUUCUCUGGCUGUCUUGUUUGAUUUGUGAUUUUCUUUUUUGAAAAGGUCACUUUAAAGUACACAUCCGUCUCCAAUGCCCCAUUUGCGUUGGCACAACAAUUCUGCUGUCAUUCUUGUUAUCACUCGAAUACCAUUUACAAUGCUCUAGCAAUUAUGACCAAUGUAUUGUUGUCAAUACUGUAACUGUUUCUCUCAUGGGACGAGUCCAGUCAUACCGAGUUUGUCGAACACUGUAAAAAAACAUGUUUAGAAUUGGUUUGACUCCAGAUCACAUGAACUCCAGCUGCAUUUUUGAUUUUUAGAAAGGACUUUGCUUUAGUCUAAUGCGGACACUACAAACUGUCAGGAAACAAACAGACACUUGUGAUUUAUUGACAGUUAAUGUAAUUUAUAUAAAGUUAAAAGAAUUCAGGGUGUGACCUCAGACACUUUAAUGUGAUUUUGUGUGCAUUUACAAGCCUCCCUCAGAACAAAAAAAAAGCAGCCAAGAUUGAACAAACACUACUGCACAAGUAUUUUUAUUUUUUGUUCAAACGUUAUGUUUUAUUUAGUUUUACAAUGUGUCACAAGUAUGGCUUGUCUUAUGCUUUACAAUGGCAGGGAUGACGCCUGUUUAUUCAGCUGAUAACAUUAUGUCUAAGUGAUACAUUAGUGUCAGUAUAAUUAACUGAUAUUCAGUGUCUGGGUCAAGGCUAAUUUUAUGAUCAGGGUCAGAUUAGAGUCAGUUUGGAUUUUAAUAAUCAUAAUUGGAGAAAGGGAACCAGUGGCUGAUGAAGUUACACCCUGCUUAAAUAUGUGCUGCGUCACCUGACUGUUUGUCAAGUCACCAUUGGACGAUAAAGCUUUAAAAAAAAACUAUAUUCAUGUUAAAAGUCCUCAAGUAGUGUCUGAGCUUGUAAAAGCAGCAGCUGUCCAGAGAUGAUCACGUCACAUGACGUUUCAGGAUGCCCAUUUACUUUCCUGCUAAAUAUGUAAUGCUGCUGGAUUACCUGUGAGCUGUCAAACAAAUGAAGUGUAACCACAAUGUAGUCGUUAUGUACAUGCAGCCUCUAUGGAACAAUAAUGUCACGUACAAUGCAUUAUUGUCUUACACAGUGGAGCCGGGAAUGGGCGCACUGUUUAAGCACCGUCGAGCAAAAAUGUCCUCAGUAUUUAAGCUAAUUAAUAUGUAACUGAUAAUGAGAUUGUCAAUAUCACACCAGAGUAUAGUUGUUGUCACUGGCCUGUUUCAGAUAAUGUAAUUAUUUCCUUUGAGUGGAUGGUGACAGUGGGGGUAAUGGAGCUGGAGGCAAUAACACUGUUAACUGAUGCGCUCCUGCAAUGAUGAUGACAACUAAUUAUCAUGGAAGAUGCAAAUAAAGUCAACCUGCUUGGUA